AGGGUUGCGGGUCCGGAGUGAGGGGCACCAGCAGAGCUGGGGCGAGGGGAGCCCCGGGCUGGGCUAGCAGGGGCUGCAGGUCAGGAGUGAGGGACCCUUGCAGAACUGGGGGGCUGGGCACCGUAGGGAGGCAAAAGCGAAAGGGAAAGCGGGUGGAUUCCCGCGGGGUUUCCCAGCCCAGGACACAUGAUCCCGGCAGCCUGCGAUGGCGUCGGGGCAGUGGCGGGCGCUGGCCGAGCAGUUCCAGGUGAUCUGCCCCCCCGGGGGGGCUCCAGGUGCGGGGUCCCCCGGGGUGCUGCGAGGACGGGCGUCCUGUGGGCACUGGGUGAGCGCAGCUGGGCUGCGGGGCUGGGUGCGGGCGCUGCUGGACCAGGGCGUCACCUUAUUCCGCUGCCCCUGCUGCCCAGACACCCCUUGGCUCUGGCAGGAGCUGUGCAAACUCGGGCUCUUCUCAGAUGAGGACCAGGCCAUGCUGGAGGCCCAAAUCCUGGCACAGGAGGGGGCCAGGGACAACUACCGCCAGUGCCCGCGCUGCCAGCACCUCGUCCAGCGUCUGGACCCCGGUAGCUUGCGCACCCCCUGCCUGCCCUGCUCCCAGCGGGCCGGGGAGCUGUACUGCUUCUGUUGGGGCUGCCGCACGGACUGGAAGGACCCCUCGCCUCAGGGAAAAUCCUGCUCCAAUCCCCAGUGCCCCCUACAGGCUGUGCUUUACGACACCCUGGAGAUCCAGGCCCCGGGAUCAUCUGUCCAUGGCUGCCCCUCACUGCGGGCCUGUCCCGAGUGCCACACCCUGGUCAGCCACACUGGGCUAGGCUGCCCCCUGGUGGAGUGCCCGGAGUGCUGGACAGAGUUCUGCUACCGCUGCCUGAGGGACCAUCUCGGAGAGGACGCCGACGAGACCGAGUGGGAGCAUGACGAGGAUGAAGACCUGGAUUACGAUAAUUCCUUGGAGGCCAGCUGCAGUAUUGCCGGGAGGCAGGAGCUGAACAGGUCCCCCUAGCCCAAGGGAGACCUGGACUCAACCCCUGCUGCGACCCCUGAGAACUCCCUCCUGCCUCCCCAAGGCCAGCUCCCGCCCCAUCACACUCAGCCCCGUUCCCAGGUUUUGGGGACCCCCAGGGGCCCGACCCCCCCUCCUUGCUCACAGGAUGCCAGGGGCAGUGCAUUGCAGGGAGGAGUAAUGCCUCUGCCAGAGAUAGGGGUGCAGGCACCUGUGACGAAGUGGGGAUUUUCCCUUGUCAUGUUGUAUGUGUCUUACUGUUGAGCAGAUGUGAGUUUUACUGUUUUGCAUGAAUACUGUGUGUGCCUCAAUUUCCCUGUGUGCUGCACUGAUACCUUGGUGGUGGGAAUAGAGGUGUGUGACUUUGGCUGAGACCUCUGGACAGGUGAAGCUGCUCCAGCUGCCUGCACAUAUGCCCUUCGUAACUUGAGACCCAGGAGGGGGAUGCAACCAGGUGAUGAGCAGGUGACUGCCCCGGAAAAAAAGAAAGAGGAGCAAGCUGGGCAGUCUGCUUGGGGGUCUGGAAGAGGGGGAGUCCAGGCCAUCUGGCCCAGGACUCCCCAAGAUGGACUUUGCUGAAAGUCACUGAUUUCUGUGCUGAUAAGUUCUGUUCUACGCUGUGUUCCUGUCGACUAAUAAACCUUCCAUUUUAUGCUGGCUGAGAGUCACUGCUGACUGCAGAGUUGGGGUGCAGGGCUCUCUGGCUUCUCCAGGAGCCCCGCCCAGGCGGACUCGCUGUGGGAAGUGCACAGUGUGGAAGGGGAUGCUGAAUGCUCCGAGGUCAGACCCAGGAAGGUCGAAGCUGUGUAAGCUUCUUGCCCUGGAAACAGUCUGCUCCGAGAGAGGAGGCUCCCCCAGAGUCCUGGCUGGCUUCAUACGGAGUAGUUCCAGAGCAUCGCCUGGUGACUCUAUGACAGGGCUAUUGCCCCAUCUCUUGGGUAUUGGGGUGUAGAGAGAACUGACGCCUCUCCUAGCUAUUGGGCUGCAGGGGCCAUUGCCCCAUCUCCUGGGUAUUGGGGUGCAGAGAAGACUGAUACCUCCCCCAGAUACUGGAGUGCAGGGGGCAUUUCCUCCUCUAUAGCCUAUUGGGAUGCAGUGGGCACUGCAGCUUCACCUGGCUGCUGGGGGACAGGACUAGUGGGCCUGUCCCGAGUGCCACACCCUGGUGAGCCACCCUGUGCUAGGCUGCCCCCUGGUGGAGUACCCGGAGUGCUGGUUGGAGUUCUGCUACUGCUGCCUGGGGGACCAUCUCAGGGAGAACGCCAACGAGACAGAGUGGGAGCAUAUCCCCCAUUAGGCCAGUAGGGGAGAUAAGUCCCCCAGCAUCACUGCUCCCCUGUCCUCUAGGCAGGGGUGGGAGUUUUAUGGGCCUGUGGUGCCCAUGCUCCAGCAAAUUCAGGGCCACCUGGGCCUGGAUCCAGCAAUGUUCAGGGCCUGGUCUCUCCCCCGGCCCCGCCUGCCGCUCCUUCACGCCUCCCUCCUCCCUGCCUCACCUGCGCCCUGGGCAGAAGGCGGCUGCCCCUGUAGCUGCGCACUGUACUCCCUUGCUGCCCGCCCACGGCAGACUGACUGACUGACUGGAGGCGCAGUGGCAUCCCUCCCCAUCCCGGCAGACAACUCCGAGGGGGCUUAUCUUGUCUGGAUCUCCUGAGCAGCAGCCUGGGGCUUGGGUGAGUGUCGUGCCGGGGGUUAGGGGCCCUCCCCUGGAGCUCGCUGCUGCUGGUGGGGAGAGGGCUGGGGGAAGUCCUCCUCUCUGGCCCCAGCCCUGGGCAGCCUGUCUACUGCACCCAAAGUUUGAACUCAUCCCCGGCCCAGCCCAGAGCUCGCACCCCCAACAAGAGUCCUCACACACCCCCGUCCCCAACCGUCUGUCCCAGCCCUGAGCCCCCUUCUGCAACGUGAACCCCUCAUUCCCAGCCCCUCCCCACAGCCCUCACCCCCGCACCUCGACCCUCUGCCCUACCCUGAUCCUCCUCCCACCUUCCAGACCCCUCAGCCCCACUCCAUUAAUUUUGUGUAAUAAUAAUCAACAAUGGAUAAAUUCUUAAUAAAGUUACCCUGUGUGACAAAGUGGGGGAUUUUCUUGUUUUUUUCCCCUUGUUUUUCCAAUGGUUUGCAUGCAGAGGAGGUGGGACUCAGUUUCCCUGGGUGUUACUGGUUUAAUGAGGUGAUAGGAGAAGGAGUUUGUUGUUACAGAGGACCUGAGAGGGAACUUGGGACCCCGGCCAAUGGCCUGGAGAAUGGAUACCCCAGCGACUGGUGAUCUGGUGACCCAAAGGCCCAGCUUGGUAGUAACAGCCAGUUCUUGCCAGUGGGAGGACACUGGGCUGCGAAGAGAGCACCCCAGUGACCUAACCAGCCAGUUCCAGC